AUGUCUCUCGCUAGCCUAGAAGAAGAGAAGCAGCUAUAUCAGGAACAGCUCGACAUUGUCGCCGGCCAACUUCGCGAUGAUCCCGACAACGUCGAACUAUCAGCACUACAAGACGAGUUGAACAACUUCAUCAAACUCCUCAAUGAAAACAUUGCUGAGCUGAAGCCCCAGCAGCCCGCUGCCCCAAAGCAGUCACCUGCCAAGCAACAGCAGCCUGCCUCCCCGACGCCGCCGCCGCCGCCGCCUUCCUCAGAGCACACGGCCGCUUUCAAGAAGAGCCACGAUCCGGUGGGAGAGGAUGACGACGAAGCACCGGCCAACUACAAGGUCAACGACACGGUCAUGGCCAAGUGGCUGUCUGGCGACAAGGCCUUCUACCCUGCCCGCAUCACAUCGAUAACGGGGUCGUCCACAGCCCCUAUCUACACUGUCAAGUUCAAGAGCUACGACAAUACAGAGACCCUUCGAUCGAGAGACAUUCGGCCCGUCUCCAACAAGAGGAAAGCCGACGGCCCUUCCCCGGCGGCAGCAGCACCCGUGCCAGUGGUGGCCGCAGCCGCGCCGGCGUCGAAUGCACCCGGCGUCGUGUCCUCAGCUGGUGCAACCAUCUACCCCGAGGCCGCGAAGAAGGACGAUGCCUCAGCUGGCAGCGAUGCGCCUAAACCCCCCAAGGCGAAGAAGAUCAAGGCCAAGAAGGAGCUCGAGGCCGGCAAGAACAAGUGGCAAGAGUUCAACUCCAAGUCCAAGUUUGGCAAGUCGAAGAAGGACAGCAUGUUUCGCACUCCUGAGGGUGUAAACGGUAGAGUUGGCUUCACGGGAUCUGGCAAAUCUAUGCGCAAAGACCCAACUCGCAGCCGUCAUGUUUACCAGAUGAACGAUGACCAGGACUAA